CCCGAGCAGCCUCAGUUCGUAGCGGUUCUUUACGGUGGCCAGUUCACUAUCAGCAGCAGCAGCAUCAGCCGUCCAUCAUUAUUAUCAUCGUCAUCAGCAGCAGCAGCAGCAGCAGCAGUGCGGUGAUCUUGCGUUCGCUGAAGUCAAGUUCAAUCCGAUAGCGAGGAAAAGGCGACGACGAGGACGACGACGAUGGAGGCACUGCUCAACAGUCAGUGUAGCGGGCAGAGCGUUGGACCGGCCAACCAGCUGUUUGGUUUGCUCGUGCAGACCAUUCUGGCCGCCCAGUGUACGAUCUCACCGCCAGACAUGUGGCCCAAGGACUACGGACCGACGGCCCUGGCCCGGGGUCUCGAUGAGUACGAUUUCGUGAUUGUCGGUGCCGGUUCAGCGGGCUCGGUGUUGGCGAACCGUUUGUCCGAGAAUCCGGACUGGAAGGUGCUGCUACUGGAGGCGGGCGGUGAUCCACCGAUCGAAUCGGAGAUACCGGAGACGUUCUUUGCGAUCCAGAAGACGGCAGGCGAUUGGGAGAACUACGCCGAACCGACACCGCACGCCAGCAAGGGCUCGAAGGAUGGUGGUUUCUGGCCUCGCGGACGCAUGCUAGGUGGUUGUGGUGCCAUCAAUGCGAUGCUGUACGUCCGGGGUAAUAGCCGCGAUUAUGACCGCUGGGAGGCCCAGGGUAAUCCGGGCUGGGGUUGGAACGAGGUGUUGCCGUACUUCAAAAAGAGCGAAGACAAUCAGGAUGUCGAACUGCUCCGGCGGGAUGGUGGACGGUUCCAUGGGAAGGGUGGCUACCUGAAGGUCGGUAACUUCCCGAUCCACCAUCCGCUAGCGGACAUCUUCCUCCAAGCGUUCGAUGAGGCCGGUUUCGAGCGAACGACCGACGUGAACGGUGAGCGACAGGUUGGAUUCGGUCGGCUCCAGGGUACGAUCGUCAACGGAACACGCUGUAGCCCGGCCAAGGCGUUCCUGGUGCCGGUAAAGGAUCGACCGAACCUGCACGUUAUCAAGCAUGCCAUCGUUUUGACGAUUGAACGCGAUCAGGAUACUGGGCGGUUCAAGUAUGUCAACUUUGCGCUCGAUAACAAGAUCCUUAAGGUUGCGCACGCCCGUAAGGAGAUCCUACUGGCGGCCGGUUCCAUCAAUACACCGCACAUACUGCAACGGUCCGGGAUUGGACCAAGGUCACUGCUGGAGCAGGUAAAAAUACCAUUGGUGGCCGAUCUACCGGUCGGCGAGAACCUGCAGGAUCAUCUGUUUGUGCCACUGCUGUUCAAGUUCCACAAGUCGACGGGCGAGAACUACGACACACCGCGGGAACUGGCCAAAAACAUGUUCCAGUAUUUGAUGAACCGCAGUGGACCGAUGGCUGGCCAUGGUGUGACGAAUCUGGUCGGGUUCAUUAACACACUCCAACCGUCGGAUCCGUUCCCCGACAUUCAGUAUCACUUUUUCCAGUUCGAAAAGGGUUCCGGUAAGUCGCUGAUGUUCUCGGAGAAGGUUGGCUACAAUGAGGAGAUCUCGGCGUCGAUGCUGGAAGCGGCCACUGAGGCGGACGUAGUGAUGGCGAUUGUCGUGCUGCUGAAUCCUAAGUCGAGGGGACGCGUCACGCUCGAGACGCGUGAGUUUAAUGAGUUCAAUCCGCCGAAGAUUGUGAGCGGAUAUUUGGAGCAUGAGGACGAUGUGGCGACGGUAUUGCGCGGUAUCCGGCAUAUAGUGCGGCUCGUUGAGACGGAGACGUUCCGGGAGCACGAGGGUGAGCUGCACCGGAUGCGGAUUGCCGAGUGUGAUCAGCUGGACUAUGGUGGCGACGAGUACUGGGAGUGUUAUUCGCGCCACAUGACCCUGACGUUGUACCAUCCGGUCGGUACGGCCAAGAUGGGUCCGGCCAGUGAUCCGGCUGCCGUCGUGGAUGAGCGGCUGCGUGUUAGGGGGCUCCAAGGGUUGCGAGUGGUCGAUGGGAGUAUCAUGCCGACCAUCGUGUCUGGUAAUACGAACGCACCGAUCAUGAUGAUUGGUGAGAAGGCAUCGGAUAUGAUCAAAUCCGAUUGGGAGUCGCAGGGAUCAAAGGGACGUCAUAGCGAGCUUUAAGUGUCCAUGUGUGUCUUUUUGUGUUUGCUGUUGCUGCUGCUAUUUUGUGCUGUCAAUAAAGAGCCAAAGCAUCCAUUUUCUCAUUGAA